AUGCACGGAGAGCUUGGGAACAAGCUGGUCCAACAAGCAAAACGCACCUUGACUCUUCCAAACCUCCCACCCUACGCGACAGAAACGGUGCGGGCGUGCGUGCGCGAAGUACGCGACCUGGACCGCGACGUGACGCAGAUCCUGGCACCGUACAACAGCAGCACGACCUCUUCCGAUGGCGAAGUCCUCACGCAGAACACGUUCAACCCGGCCGAACACCCGGCGACGGCGUGCGCGCUGCUGGUCGACCACCUGAGCAUGCGGCGGAACAAGCGGUGUCUGCUGGCGUACCACCGGGUGCGCGCGCAGCGCAUCGAGGCGUGGUGCUGGGAGGGCCGGGAUCUGUUCGACCACAAUCAAUCAGACCGGCAGAAUAAUAACAACCCAUCGAAUGACGAACAAGUCGCGGCUGCUGUCGACCAGGCACAAGCUCAGCCGGCGGCGAACAGCUCGCUGUCGCCCGAGGAGGAGGAGUAUUUCCGCCAGUACACGGACCUGCUGGCCGGGUACAAGGGCCAGUGGACCGACGUCGACCUGACGGGCUCGCUGGUGCCGCCGCGGGAUCUGUUCGUCGACGUGCGUGUGCUGCGCGACGCCGGCGAGAUUCAGACCGAGUACGGCGCCAUCAAUCUCACCAAGAACAGCCAGUUUUACGUCCGGCUUGCGGAUGUCGAGCGCUUGAUUCAGCAGGGGUUCUUGCAGCGACUGUCUUGA